UUCAGUUUCAAUUUAACAACGAGAUAUAAAAGCAGUGAAAACCUGCUCUGCAAAAGAAAAGUACAAGUGAGUGAGAAGAGAAAUGAUGAUGGCUCAAUAUAGAACCUUUUUAAGACUUUUCCUAAGUGUGGGGCUCCUUUCUCAAGGGUGUGAUUCCAGUGUGCGUUGCAGGAACGACAAUGGAACCGAGGUGGACUGGUAUAUUUUAUACAAACUUCCAGAAAAGAGUGAUAAUGGUUUGGCAUACCUGUACAUGGACAGCAGCACCAAUGGAUGGAAACGGAGCAAAAACGAUAUCAACAGUAAAUCAGGCGCUUUGGCAAACACCCUGAAGCCUCUACUUGACUUCUACAAGAGACAGACUGAGGGCUUUGGAUACCUGCUCUAUAAUGAUCAACCUCCAGGUAAAGCAGCUCCUGCAUCAUUUGGCCACAGUAAAGGAGUCCUGAUGUUGGACAGACAAACUGGAGUUUGGCUGUCACACAGUACACCAAAAUUUCCAACAUAUCGCAGUAAAAACUUCUGGCCAGACAGUGGAACUCUUAAUGCUCAAACAUUUAUGUGUGUGACCUACCCCUAUGAGCAAUUCAAAGAAGUAGGAUUGCAGCUCAAGUACAUCCAUGGUUAUUCAUAUGAUUCUGACAUCCCAAAAACCUUUCAUAAAGAGCUGAGAGAUGCUGCACAACGAAGGUCCUACCCAAAGAAAGCACCCUGGUCUAGGGUGACGAUGCUGACUUCAGUGCAGGGACAACACUUCGCAAGCUUUGCAAAAUACACACGUUUUAGGGACGAUCUUUACUCUGGCCUUAUUGUAAAAAUACUGAAGCAGAGUAUGUAUGUUAAGAGCUGGGGAAAGAUGCGUGAACCUCUGCUUUCUAACUGUGACAUCACUCACCAUGUGUACAAUGUGGAGGAAGUAAAGCUGGGAAAGCAGCGUUUCAGUACUACUGUAGAUCACUCCAAGUGGUGUGUAUCACAUAAAGGUAAUUGGACCUGCAUAGCUGAUAUGAACAGGGAAUGCAGUCAGAUGAAAAGAGGUGGAGGAGCAAUAUGCAUCAAUGAUAAUAAGGUUUGGAAGGCUUUCCGCACACUGGUGAAAAGCCAUGAAAAAUGUGAACAAAUGAAAAUGUGAGUUUUUAUACACAAAAAUUUGGUGUCUUCAGAAUCAGAAUCAGAAAUCCUUUAUUUAUCCCUGAUAGGAAAUUCUUCUUACUUACAGACUUUGUGAUUUUGCAGUCUUGUGUUCUGUAUUAUCUAUUUUUAUCAAUGAAAACCACCAAUCAGAGUGCUCUUACUCCAUGUGAAAUAAAUUGAAAUGAAUGAGUAAAUAAGAAUUAAAAAACAUGUUUAUGUUA